UUAGCUGCACCGUCUGUAAAGCCAAUUGAUUUGGUAGCUGAUCAUGCCACAACUACUCAGACUUCAGACAACACCCAAGUGGCUCAGUCAUCUGGGUGGCCGGCCAUUGUUGCUGACCCUGACGAGUGUGAUGAAUCGGUUUCAGAUCUAUUAGCAGAAGUUGAAGCAAUGGAGCAGAACGGUUUGCCCUCUUCACCUACCUCAACAUUUCACUGCGAUGAUGACGAUGAUUUGACAAAAGGACCAGAAAAAGAUUUCUUUAACCCUGUGGCACGCAUGUCCCUCGCUCCUGAAACAUGCAGAAUGGAUGUCUCUCAGGCGAGUAUUCUCGAAAAUGUCUCUGCCGGGAAAAGCUCAAUGGGCACAGAAGAAAAAGUAAGCACUCCCUUCAGCCACUGUGGAACCGCUGGUCCAGAGCUCCUGCUUUUUGCACCGCCAGCGCCAGCUCCAGCUUCAAUAACUCACGACCUGACUCUAACGACAACAGCUCUCAGACUGGGAUCAGAAACCACAGUUGAAGCUGGACCAGUGGUCGAGAGGCUUCUCAAGUCUGGUUCGGAACUAAGCCCUAGGGCACUGUCAUAUCAUGACUCAGCCCGAGGAAACACCGAGCGCAGUCCACGAGGGAGCCAGCAGAAGAGAUCCAGCGGACACAGCAGGGACCGGCAGUGGUUGAACAACGGUCACAACAGUCAUAAUAACCGGCAGUGGCCAUACAGCAAUAGCCAUGGUUAUGCCCAUGGAUCAGGUUCGUACGCAGCUCAUCCGCCCAAAGGGCUGAAAAUUUGUAAAUUCUAUGAGAGUGGAAACUGCAAAAAGGGUGCAUCUUGUAGUUUUUGGCACCCUUGA